UCCUAGAUUUUCAGGUUUUAACAGAGCUAUUAUGGCCUCCAACAUCAUGUCAAAAUGCUUACUUGCUCUCCUUCUAUUAAACUUGCUCAGCUACAACGUCCAAGCCCAGCUUUCUUCAUCAGGCUUCUAUGCCCGCAGCUGCCCAAAGUUGCAGAGCAUCGUGAGCUCAACCAUGGCCAAAGCAGUCGCCAAUGAACCUCGCAUGGCCGCUUCCAUUCUCCGCCUCUUCUUCCAUGACUGCUUUGUUAAUGGCUGCGAUGCAUCAGUUCUUCUGGACGACACCCCAACUUUCACCGGCGAAAAGAACGCCUUCCCAAAUCAAAACUCUCUUCGUGGCUUCGAAGUAAUCGACAGAAUAAAAUCUCUCGUCGAGUCCUCGUGCAAAGCCACCGUGUCUUGCGCUGAUAUUCUCGCACUCGCGACUCGCGAAGGCGUUGUUCGGCUUGGCGGACCAUCAUGGCCGGUAGCCCUGGGACGCAGGGACUCAACGACGGCAAGCCAAAGCGCAGCCAACAGCAAUCUUCCAGGCCCAGCCUCGAGCCUUUCGGCACUCAUAUCCGCCUUUGCGGCAAAGAACAUGAGCCCGCGCGACAUGACUGCGCUCUCUGGAGCUCACACCAUCGGCCUUGCUCGCUGCACCACUUUUCGUUCCCACAUCUACAACGACAACAAUAUAAACUCCAACUUCGCCGCUCUUCGGAAACGAAACUGUCCAUCUUCGGGCGGCGACAAUAACUUGGCACCGCUGGACGGACUACAGGGCGCGAAUCGAUUUGGGGCUCAUUUUUAUCAGAACUUGGUGGCUGGUCGCGGGCUGCUGCAUUCCGACCAGGAGCUAUUCAAUAAUGGGAGUCAGGAUUCAUUGGUGAGACAGUACAGUGCAAAUACCCAAUUGUUCUUCCGUGACUUUGCGGCAGCCAUGGUGAAGAUGGGAGCUCUUAGUCCGCUGACGGGCAACAGCGGCCAGAUCCGUUUGAACUGUAGGAAGACCAAUUAA